GGACGCUCAGAGGCGGAAGUGAAGCAAGCACUUCCACAAUCAAAACAUUACUGGUGCGCAAUGGGCAAGUGUGCUUACACCAAAUAACAUUUUGCUUUUCCGUCGGGGAAUUUCCCUUCCGCCAUGCUUCAGCUGAACGACACGGUGGAGCCCGAAAGUCCGGGAGCCGCGGUUCUCCAUCCGGCCGAGGCAGAGGAAGGAGUGGAGGUCGCUUUCACGCCGCCGGAGGCCGGGCGGAGCCUGGGACAUGGAGCCACUGCAGCCUGCUGCGGGCCACUGCAAACGUUGACGCCUUUUCACGUGCAUAACCCCACCAUUCAAGCCAAAGUCAAGGACUAUUUUGUGUUCCGGCCAGGUACCAUCGAGCAGGCGGUCAGCGACAUCCGGACUGUGGCGCUUCCCUCUGAGGAUGGAGAAGUGCUGAGUGUCUGGCUUCUGGCUCAGAUUGACCACUGGAAUAAUGAGAAGGAGAGACUUGUCCUCAUUACGGAGAGGUCCUUGCUGGUGUGCAAGUACGACUUCAUCAAUUUGCUGUGUCAGCAGGUUAUCAGAAUCUCGCUCAACGCCGUCGACACCAUCUCAGUGGGCGAGUUUGAGUUCCCACCCAAAUCCCUGAACAAGAGAGAUGGUGUUGGGGUUCGUGUCCAGUGGGACAAGCGUCCCCGGGCCUCCUUCUUAAACCGCUGGAACCCGUGGUCCACAGAUAUGCCCUACGCCACCUUCACAGAGCACCCCAUGUCCCACGCAGAUGAGAAGGUAGCCUCCCUCUGCCAGCUGGACAACUUUCAGACCCAGCUUGUACAGGCGGUGAAGAGAGCCCAUAAGGAGAACCCUAUCCCUGGUCGGGCCAACGGAGUCCUGAUCCUGGAGAGACCCCUCCUCAUUGAGACCUACCUGGGCAUUAUGUCCUUUAUCAACAAUGAGGCUAAGUUGGGCUAUUCAAUGACCCGUGGCAAGAUUGGUUUUUAGAGACCGUUUCUCCAAACGGGGCAGCACCCUUGUUUGUGUUGUGUGCGCAGCUCGGAGAUCGUACAAAAUGAGCCUUCGCAGGUUGUUUGUAGCAGACAAAUAGUCGGCCAGUUGAAGACUUGCAUGAACUGUCUCCUCAUUUGGUUUUAGCGCCCCAGUCCUUUCAAGAGCUACCAUACUUGCAUGGGCCCUUUGACUGUAUUGGGUAUGGGACAAAAAGUUGAUGAGAAAUACGACGGUGUUUGCUUCUGCCUUUUUCUUAUAUUCAUUUUUUGUCCUAAACUGGGUGUGUUGCAAUCUUUUGCUACUUAUCUGAGCAUUAACUGUUAAAAGUGGCGUUCAGUGCCAAAGAUGUAAUGGCUGUGUGCCUGCGGUCAUCAUGAGACUCCUGUGCGGAUUCUUUGAAUGGAAACUAUUGUAUAUCCAGUCACAUGAUUAAGUGGAAUAAGCCUUGCUAAUAGGGGAAUUGAUCAUGAUGUGCUCUGUCUUUCUUAACAAUUCAACUUGUUUACUGUGGAAAAUGAGAGAAUAUUCUUCACAAUAAAAACAAAUCGUAGGUGACCUUAAAAGAUGA